GUUGUGCGCUCCCCCAUAAUAUAAUGAAACCAUAUCAACAGUGAGGAGGCACGGCUCACGCAUCAGGUAUAUUAUGCAUCAUUUCAAAAAAUGGUAGAGAAAGGACUCAUAGCCAAACUGUGAUAAUUAAGUAGGCUACAUUCGCCAUCUUACUCGGUAGGUUUGGCUCCAAACCUGCAUUGCUUGCGGGACAGGGCGUUCGGAUGUGAGAAUCUGCUGGCAGAGAAGAUGAUACGGAGGACCUUAUUCGUGAGGGUGUAGAAGGCGCAUUGCGAUGAAGAAGCAAAUAUGGGGGAUACGUUGAAAAGGAGACAAAACGAGCCGUGUAGUUGUAAUAAUUAAGGAGAAUGGUGUUGCUAGCGCGCACCUUUAGACACGGUGACAUUUUGCUACAAAAAGGCCGACCUGCCUCCGCAACCCGAAAAUUUCACACCAACGGUGCUGCCAACCGGAGGAGUGAUGCCGACGCUGUACGUGACUCAAACCCAGGGUACUUCUACACCCCUGCGGUGGACUUGGGCCCCCUAAAGCGGUACCCCGCCCGUUCAUAAAUCCGAGACUGCACAAAACGGAAACGAAUUAAUUCAUCGUGAUAUCAACACCAUAACUGCGGAUAAAGGCUGUGCUCACGUUUAUUUUUUGGGUCCGUUAUCUCGCACCUCUGCGCAAAAGCCCCGGUCUCUCUCUUGAUCUUUGCUUGUUGGACAGUGUCAAUUUGGAGAGUAGCGGAGUGGACAAUGCUGGCUGUGUCUUCAACCUGUCUUUGCUCCUGGAUGGCAUACUGCACUCAAGACAUGCUUCUGUUUUUACAUUGGCCAGAGAGAGAAUGGUCCGAAAUUUAGCCACCAUGCGUCCCUCACUCGCGGUCCUUCCCAGGACCCGUAACCAUCCCCACACAGCCCACCCCCACAAUGCACACGGAUUGUCUGCACACGUGGGGCGGGAGCACCUGUCGGCACCACGGAGGCGCAGCCCACACCUGCGACACACGCUCAGUCCAGAGAACCUGCGGAGCCUGGCAGAGCGAGGCGGUGCCGCCAGGGACACGGCUUCUGUGGUCAGCAGCCCCAUGGGUCUCCCGAGGGCCAACAGCGACACAGACCUGGUGACAUCGCAGAGCCGCUCGUCGCUGACUGCGUCCACACUGGAGUUCACGCUGGGGAGGGGCCAGAACCUGGUCAUCUCCUGGGACAUCAAGGAGGAGGUGGACGCCACUGACUGGAUCGGCCUGUAUCACAUCGAUGAAAUCAGCCCAUCCAAUGUGUGGGACUGUAAGAACCGUGGGGUGAAUGGGACACAGAGGGGCCAGAUCGUCUGGAGGCUGGAGCCUGGGCCUUACUUCAUGGACGCUGAGACCAAGAUCUGCUUCAAGUACUAUCACGGCGUCAGUGGAGCCCUGAGAGCAACCACUCCCUGCAUCACUGUGAAGAACCCUGGAGUCCUGGGAGAAGGUCAAAGUGAGGGGCAGUCAUCCACAGAUCAUCCUCGCAAACUAAUCAGCUUUACUUUGACAGAUAUGCAUGCGGUGGGGCUGAAGAAGGGUAUGUUCUUCAACCCGGAUCCCUACCUGAAGAUGUCCAUCCACCCUGGGAAGAGAAGUGGCUUCCCCACCUUCAGCCACCACGGACAGGAGAGGCGCUCCGCCAUCAUCGCCAAUACCACCAACCCUAAGUGGCGCGGAGAGAAAUACACUUUUGUAGCACUGAUGACAGACAUUCUGAACAUCGAGGUGAAGGACAAGUUUGCCAAAAGUCGACCAAUCAUCAAACGCUUCCUUGGUCAGCUGACCAUUCCUGUGCAGAGGCUGAUUGAGAAAAUACCUGGUCUCCAGCCUCUGAGCUUCUCUCUGUGUCGACGGUUGCCCACUGAGCACGUGAGUGGCCAGAUGCAGUUCAGGGUGGAGCUCACAUCCGCUGGACCUGACGGGGCCUCUCCAGACUCUAUCAUCGGUGUGCCUAAUAACGGGGCCCCUGGGACUCCGUCAGAUGACGAUGAUCUGCCCCACCUACUCCCGGGGGUGGUCACUGGAGGCCCCUCCCCUACUGGCUCCCUGGGCUCACAGAGGUCCUGGGAAGGUGGGGCCACAGCCUAUCCAGUCCCAGACUACAGGGACUUUAGCGGUACAGAGGGCAGAACCACAGAGGGUGAAUCCUACUCUGGCCCUCUACGGUUGCAGAGGUCCCUGAGCGAAGGCCUGGAUGCCAUCGAGGCCCCCAAGGGCCCCGGAGAGAGGCCCCUGGGCGCCGCCUCACCGAAGCUGCGCUCUAGCUUUCCCACUCACACACGUCUCAGUGCCAUGCUGCACAUUGACUCAGACGAAGAUGAGGAGCGCUCGGGGCUCACUGACAUUUACCCGGUGCCCGGGUCCCCCCUGCUGCUCAACGGGGGUCCCGAGGGGCCUGAAGAAGAAGACAUUGUCCCAGAGCUACAGCAGGACCCUGACCCUGAGCAGCUGGAACCCAGGGUGGCGGGGGAUGAACAGCAGGUGGUAACGGGGGAAGAUUGUGCCCCUGGUGGUGAAUCCGAUGUGGCCCCUGAGUUAGACCUGGCCCUUGACUUCGAGGACUCCUCAGAGCCUGAUGUUUUCUCGGAGGUGGAGGAAGUUCCUUUCUUCUCAGAGGCGCUGUCCCAGAGUCUUUUGGCUGUGGGCCUGGAGGGGCCAGAGGAGGGCCAGGGGCCUGCUGACAACCCCUCGUCGCCGAUUGACACCUGCUCCAUGGCAACGGCCCCACAGACAGUCUUCUCUUCCUCAGAGAGUUGCCCAUUCACAAUGUCCACGGCUGAGGAGGCAGAGGAGAGGGCAGUAGCUGCCAUUGACCCAGGGGGAGAUUCCUUCACUGACACUCCACCCACCCACCAGCAUGUAGACGACGAGGGGGGCGGGCAUACGUCAGCCAAUGAGGUUGAAGGAGACGCUCCGUCUACCAAUGAGCUGGAGCCAGGGGAGGAGAUUAGUGAGCGGAUGUGGAGCUUACAGGAUGAGGAGGGAGAGGAGCCAAGACCCGCAGGGGUGGCGGUAUCUGUUGAUUCAGAUGCAGUUGCCAUGGAGGCAGAUGGAGAGGACGGUGCUCAAGUGAACGGUCACCCCGUGCACUGCCUCCCUUCAGUGCGCCAUGACAUUCACCGAUACCAACGAGUGGACGAACCGUUACCUCCUAACUGGGAGGCGAGGAUCGAUAGUCACGGUCGUAUUUUCUUUGUCGAUCACGUGAACCGGACCACCACAUGGCAGCGCCCCACCGGACCCCCUGCUCCCCAGGGCCUGACCCGCUCCAGCUCCAUCCAACAGAUGGAGCAGCUCAACCGCAGAUAUCAGAGCAUCAGGAGGACGAUGACCAGUGAGAGGUCUGAGGAGAACACAGUUGACCUCCCGCCAGAGCCCACAGAGAGUGACUUUCUUCCCCAGACCAUCCCUGAGUACAGGAGAGAGAGCGCAGUGGGUCACUCCAGCUCUCGGUCGCGUCUCUCUCUGCUGCUCCAGUCCCCAAGUGCAAAGUUCCUGUGCAGCCCAGACUUCUUUACCGUGCUGCAUUCUAACCCUAGUGCCUACAGCAUGUUUACGAGCAACACCUGCCUGAAGCACAUGAUCAGUAAGGUGCGUCGGGACGCCCACCACUAUGAGCGUUACCAGCACAAUCGGGACCUGGUGGCCUUCCUCAACAUGUUCACCAACAACCAGCUGGAGCUACCCAGGGGCUGGGAAAUGAAGCAUGACCAGACCGGCAAGCCCUUCUUUGUGGAUCACAACUGUCGCUCCACAACCUUCAUCGACCCGCGGCUCCCCCUCCAGAGUGCACGCUCAACUAGCCUGCUGGCCCACCGACAGCACCUUAGCCGCCAACGUAGCCACAGCGCAGGCGAGGUGGUAGAUGACACACGACACUCCAGCCCACCUGUCAUGCCCUGCCCCUCCAGCACCUUCAGUGGGUCCACUCGCAAUCAGGACCUGGUGCCUGUGGCCUACAACGACAAGAUUGUGGCGUUUCUACGGCAACCAAACAUCAUUGAGAUCCUGCAGGAGAGGCAGCCAGAGCUCGCCAGGAACCACUCACUCAAGGAAAGGUUACAGUUCAUUCGCAGUGAGGGUGUUUCUGGGCUUGCUCGUCUCUCUAGCGAUGCUGAUCUAGUCAUUUUGCUCAGCCUGUUUGAAGAGGAGGUUAUGUCCUAUGUGCCACCUCAUGCCUUACUGCACCCCAGCUACUGCUCCUCCCCUCAGAGCUCCCCCGGUACUCAGCGAGCUAAUGCACGCGCCCCUGCCCCUUACAAACGUGACUUUGAGGCCAAACUGAGAAACUUCUAUCGCAAGCUGGAGACGAAAGGCUAUGGCCAGGGACCUGGGAAAGUCAAAUUGAUCAUUCGUAGAGAUCACCUAUUGGAGGAUGCCUUCAACCAGAUAAUGUGCUACUCCCGCAAAGACCUGCAGAGGAGUAAGCUUUACGUCAGCUUUGUGGGUGAGGAAGGGCUGGACUACAGUGGCCCCUCAAGGGAGUUCUUCUUCCUGGUGUCGAGGGAGCUGUUUAACCCUUACUACGGCCUGUUUGAGUACUCCGCCAACGACACCUACACUGUGCAGAUCAGCCCCAUGUCUGCCUUCGUGGACAACCAUCACGAGUGGUUUCGUUUCAGUGGGCGUAUCCUGGGCCUGGCUCUGAUCCACCAGUAUCUGCUGGAUGCCUUCUUUACCCGCCCCUUCUACAAGGGCCUGCUGCGCAUCCCGUGUGACCUGAGUGACCUGGAGUUCCUGGAUGAGGAGUUUCACCAGAGUUUACAGUGGAUGAAGGACAAUGACAUCGAGGACAUGCUGGACCUCACCUUUACCGUCAACGAGGAGGUCUUUGGACAGAUCACAGAGAGAGAGCUGAAGCCAGGCGGGGCAGGUAUUCCAGUGUCAGAGAAGAAUAAGAAGGAGUACAUCGAGCGUAUGGUUAAGUGGCGCAUCGAAAGGGGUGUGGCUCAGCAGACGGAGAGCCUGGUGCGAGGCUUCUAUGAGGUGGUGGACGUGCGGCUGGUAUCUGUGUUUGAUGCCCGGGAGCUGGAGCUGGUGAUCGCUGGCACUGCAGAGAUCGACCUGGCAGACUGGAGGAACAACACAGAGUACAGAGGAGGGUACCAUGACAACCACAUAGUAAUCCGCUGGUUCUGGGCGGCAGUGGAGAGGUUCAACAAUGAGCAGAAAUUGAGACUGCUGCAGUUUGUGACAGGCACCUCCAGUAUUCCCUAUGAGGGCUUUGCCUCCCUCAGAGGUAGCAAUGGACCACGCAGGUUCUGUGUGGAGAAGUGGGGCAAAAUCACCUCCUUGCCCAGGGCCCACACAUGCUUUAACCGUCUGGACCUCCCGCCGUACCCGUCGUUCUCCAUGCUCUACGAGAAAAUGCUGACGGCCGUGGAGGAAACCAGCACCUUUGGCCUGGAGUAACCUCUCUAAAAUGUCCGCCACAGCUAGGGGUUGAAUUGGGAAAGAACAAUGGUGGAGAGGAAAUCCUACCAACUUAGCUUGAAGCGAGACAAGACUCACAGUACACAAUGGAAACUGAAUAGACAUCUACAAGAAAUUAUCAUUGUGGAGAAAAAAAAACUUUUAGGACAAUUCCACCAACACGACAAGCCCAAUUUGACCCCCUGGCUUUGCUAUUCCUCCCUGCUCCAUGAUCCCAUACUUCCUGGAAUAACGUUACUGUUCUUUUACCUACACUGAUGCCCUCCAUUUGAUUCCUGCGUACAACAACCACACUUGUGCUUUAUCUCUUAUCAGUUUAAUGGCCUUGGUUACUGUAUCUCCAGUCCUUCUUCUUCCUCCAGGGAUCCAGCCUGCACUUCAAGCCCAGAGGAACCUUAUCCUAAUCCCCUAUGCUUCCUCGUGGAGUGACCUCGUGCUCUGGACCUCAGAACUGUGUCAUUUUCUACUCUGGGGCUGCAGACUAUGCACACUAUAAUACAUAAUGGACUAAUGCCUUGGCUUCUAACAUACGCACGCACACACUUUCAAGAUGACCCUCAUGAGUAAGACCAUUAUCAUUUCUGAAGGGAUUAAAUUGUAUGUCAGAGCUCCUAAGGGGCACCAAAGGCAUUGUCACACUCCAAAACACACUGCACUUACCUUAUGUUAGACUACAUGAGCAAGGCUUUAAAACUGACACACACUUACUUACGGAUACAAAUACAAUUGUAGGGUCACUCUUUUUCCAAAUAGAUGAGAUGCACUUUCUCAUAGACGCAUGUAGCUCCACAUGCAUGUACACACACACACAAAUACACACACUGAGACAUUGCCAAACAAAAGGCUUUAUUUCUCAGUGAUGUAAUUUUCUCCCAUUCAGUGUACUGAUGAAUGUAUCACAAAAGAGUGAAUGUAUGAACCUCCAGCUUGCCGUAGUAGGAAGACUGAGGAGCCUUCAAAGAAGAAGAAACACCAGAGCCGCACAAAGUGUAGUUCAUACAAUUGCUGACUGUGGUUGAUUGAGGAAUAUGGAAAUCGAGACUGUGGCAUUGGACACGUGCCUUGUUAUGAGGGAGAUGAGAGAGACUUUUACUCAUUGUUUUACGAAGGGUUGCGUCCAUUUCCUAUUGGGUCACGACUGAAAACUCAGUUGUAACGAGAGACUUGGUAUUGUUUAUUUGGUUGUUCAAAAUGACAUUCAAAAGGUUUAUCUGUGUCACACAUAAAAAACACAGAGCCACACCUUUUAAAGCUAGAAUCCUUAGUUGCUUCCUACAUCCAUUUUUGGACCUAUAAAUUAAUGAUAUUCUUGAUUCUUCAAGAAUAUAACUUAUAAAUGCAUCAUGAACUUAGUUCAACAGUUGUACCCCAUCAGAACCCAAAAUAUAAACUUGUUUUACUCCAAUGAUUGUAAACAAUGUAAACGUAAACCAACUGUAUAGCCUCAAAACAUGGUAAAAACUGUAAUUUUUAUAUUAUGGAUGGUCAGUCCUUGCAUCCAUAGAUCUGUCUAUGAAUUUGAGAGGGGUUACAUUUCUCCAGGCCCACCCCUUUAGCUUUCUACCAAAACAGAGGCGGGGUGCCGCUUUGUUAAUUCUUUCAAUUAAGGAUUCUAGCUUUAAGUGUGUUACAAAACAGUUCCAGGAUGCAAACACAAGAGGGCAGCACAUUCUAUAUGGGUACUUCAGUACCGUCGACACAGCUAUAGAAGCGUCUUUAAGCACGGGGCAUACACUACACAACAACACAGAUGCUUACGAUUUCUUGAAAGCAUGUUUUCAUCCUGGUUUUGGACUUCUCAGUGCAUAACCCCUACCCAAAGGAUUUAUUUACACACACACACACACACUUUCUAUGGGGUGCACACACUACUGUACAGAGGUCUAUGUGAGCUAAACAGACAACUCGGGCUGGAGUAGAUAGUAAUAGAAGCCCCACUGUGAUGCACUGUGGAGGCAGCCUUCAUAUCUCAGCCUGGCUCGAUACUGCAUGCAAGGUCCAUCUCAGCAACUCUGUGAGCUGCACUGAGUCCGGAACCCCUAGAUGGUGUUGUGUUAUAGCUCGAUAUUUGCAUGCCGAAAUAGUGCAACACAAGUUUGUUCUUAUUAGAUUUUGCAUGAGGAUAUCGCUAUCGAUGUGGAGAAAAGGGCGGGAGGAGCCAAAUAGUACUUUAGGGUAUGUUGCUAUAAUGUGUUCGUAGCACUGUUAUAAAUACGUCCAAAGACAUGACGAGGGAUACAUCAAAUAUAUCUCUAUGUUUUGUGUCCCACUGUGUAUGGGUUCACUAACUAUGAAAUGUUAUAACAAGCAUUGUUGUUUAUAUGACAGGUUAUGACGAGUGUUAUUGAAGAACUGUGCCAGCACGCUUUAAGGGAAUUUGUUUUGUUACAUUCAAGUGUUCACUUGUCGUGAUGAUAUAUCAGAGGAUGGAGGUUAAGGGUCAUGGUUCAUGGCUACACGAAGAACCAAUAGGGCUGUAAUGAAUGACGAAGAGGAAGUGAGAGCACCUGUAUGUGUACCAUGCGUGCUCUUUUCUUUGUAUAUACUUGUACAUGUACUGUAUGUCUGUCCCUGUUGUGUAUACAUAUACAGUACCAUUCAAAAGAUUGGACACACCUCGUCAUUCCAGGGUUUUUAUUUAUUUUUUCUAUUUUCUACAUUGUAAAAUAAUAGUGACGACAUCAGAACUAUGAAAUAACACAUAUGGAAUCAUGUAGUAACCAAAAAAGUGUUAAUCAAAUCAAAAUAUAUUUUACAUUUGAAAUUCUUCAAUGUAGCCACCCUUUGCCUUGAUGACAGUUUUGCAUUCUCUUUGUUUAACACUUUUUUGGUUACCACAUGAUUCCAUAUGUGUUAUUUAAAUGUUGAUGUUUUCACUAUUAUUCUACAAUGUAGAAAAUAGUAAUAAUAAAGAAAAUCCCUUGAAUGAGUAGGUGUGUCCAUACUUUUGACUGAUACUGUUUAUUUUGCACCGAAUGUACUAAUGGUUUGGGGCUCGCAUAAUCCAUGUCUCCCUAUUUCUGUUUAACGGAAUGACCCCAGUCUCGAACGUCCACACAUCCCCACAUCACCUCGAGCUUGGAGGGGCGGCUUUGUGGCAUGGGCAGUAACCUUUCACAUUGGGGUUCAAAUCAUUUCUGCCAAUCAAGACAUUUUCCAUGCUAAGGCUUUUUCUUCUGCUGCGAAUGUCCAAUAAGAAUAAAGUCAGUCUGCUUCUCGCCCAAUAAGGACAAAACUCACCACCACCACCACUCCCCUUGCCUGAUCAAUUACCAAUAGGAUUGGACAUCCCACUGUCAGAACUCCACUCUAUGCAAAAGCUCCUGUAUUUCUCCUUUUCACCCCAAUGAUUGUAUUAAAAUACAAUGGCACAGGGCAAGUUUUAAUUAGCGAUACAUGGAUGUGUGUAUUCUUUCUGUGUAUUCUUUUUAGGUGAAGCAGGGGCUCAGCCAGUAGGACACAACCCUUAGAGAGCAGCAUAUAGAGAUCUACAGCAGAAAGAAAGAAAGAAAGAAAGAAAGAAAGAAAGAAAGAAAGAAAGAAAGAAAGAAAGAAAGAAAGAAAGAAACACACGCACACACACAUUUUAUUUUAACUCUGCAUUCCAUAACAAAGUAUUUUGGAAAAUAUGAAAAUACCGAGGCCCAGCUAAACAAUUGAAUUGCCCCAUUUAUUUUUCAUUUUUUUCUGAUCUAUGAUUGUAUUUAUGGUUUACAGCUUUUUGUACAAUACAUGUGUGAAUGACCCUGUCAUUGUGAGAUACUCGGUUCACAUCGAUGAUGCCGUCCGUUUGAAGAAGCCCCUCAUCGUAAGUAUGGUGUUUGAGUAGCCACUCGCCUCAAGUAUGGGUAACCACAUACAGUAUGUGGAGUGUCUGAAAGUGGGCGUGUCAACAGAAGUGGGAGGAACAACAGCGAUAGGCGUUACACCAGUGCUCUGUAAUUGGUUAGACGUUUUUGAUUGAGUGUGUUGUUUUUAGUUUCUUAACACAUUUUAAUUGGUCGGUUCCCGACCGUGUGAAACAAGACUGGGAGAGCUACAAGGCAUUCUAUUCUUGAUAGAUAAUCAUACUGUGCCAUUUGAAUGUUAACAAAACACACAACAAACACCUCACGUAUAGCGAAAAUAUGAAAAUAAAAGUGAUUUUGAUGUCAGUUA